AUGUCUGCCAGAGCGCUCGCCAACAACGCCCGGGUGCUUGCCCGCACCGCCAGCAACAGGCUCUACGCCACAAAAGCCUCCGUGCCCCCCAAGUCCAUCGACGACAGCACCGGCGCCCUCGACUACAAGCUCCACAGGCAUGGCAAGCGACUGCCGCAUCUCGUCACCCAGCACCCCAGAUACCCCUCUGCUGAAGAGGCCGUCACCAACAUCCUCUACAACACUCCUCCCCCCAGCGCCGAGCCCUUCAAGCGACACCGUUUGAACUGUUUGGUGCAGAACGAGCCCGGAGUGCUCUCCAGGGUGUCUGGUAUCCUCGCCGGCCGUGGCUUCAACAUCGACUCUCUCGUUGUCUGUCAAACCGAGAUCCGUGACCUCUCCAGAAUGUGCAUCGUCCUCAAGGGCCAAGAUGGCGUUAUUGAACAAGCCCGUCGUCAGCUCGAAGACCUCGUACCCGUCUGGGCCGUCUUGGACUACACAAAGACUUCUUGCGUCGAGCGUGAACUCUUGCUCGCCAAGGUCUCUAUCCUCGGCCCCGAAUUUGCCGAGGCGCAGCUCCUGGGACCCCUCCCCGAUGCCAGCUUUGAACACGCCGUGGAAAACCAAUCGCACGACCACCCUCCUUCUUUCGUGACUGCCCAAGGCGAGCAGACCGAUGGCAAGUACCAACGCGAAGAGGCCCUUGCCCGGUCGUUCGAAUCCGGUGGUGCCCCUUCCUCCGGCCCCCUCUACCCCACUCGAUCCGGUCAAGGCCAAGACAUGUCUGCCAGCGAGGCCCUUAUCGCCAAAAACUUGCACUUGACUGCUAUCAAGACUCUCGCCGACCAGUUUGGCGGUAGGGUCGUGGAUGUUGCGGAGAACAGCUGUAUCGUCGAGUUGACCGCCAAGAGCUCGAGAGUCGACUCUUUCCUGAGUCUGAUGAGGCCCUUCGGUGUGCUUGAGGCUGCUAGGUCUGGUGUGAUGGUCCUUCCCCGAACCCCUGUUCCCAGAUACAACGAGGAGGAUGACAUUGCCGAAAAGGAAGAGAUUGACGUUUCUAUGCUUCCCCCCGGAUAG